AUGCGCUUCUUUGCGACGGUGAUAUCGGCGGCGGCGUUGCUGUCACUCGCGCCAGCGCCCACGCACGCGCUGAAGAUCCUCAUGAACAACGACGAUGGGUUUGGGAGCGGGAAUCUGCGCGAAUUCUACCGCAUUCUAAAGGGCAUGGGGCAUGAUGUCCUCAUCGUCGCGCCCGCAACGCAGCAAUCCGCCCAAGGCGGCCGCGCCGACUACACGACCGAAGCCAACCUCACGGCCCCCACGCAGUACAACAUCGUGCCUGCCGGCGCGCCCUCCGUCGGCACCGACCCGCACGACGCGAACAUAUGGUACUACAACGGCACGCCGGCGGCCUGCACCUUCGUCGCGCUGGACUACGUGCUGCCGCGGCACUAUCCCGCGUGGAAUCAAGCGCCGGACCUGCUCACGUCGGGGCCGAACUUCGGCACGAAUCUCGGCCCGUUCGUGUUCACGCUGAGCGGCACGCUGGGCGCGGCGUAUGCGGCAGUGGAGCGGUCGAUCCCGGCACUCGCGUUCAGCGCGAGCAAUCCGAGCAUUGCGUUCGCGAACGUGACGAACGGCAGCAAUCCCGCGACGUGGGCGGCGGGCGUCAGCGCGCAGAUUGUCGACUUGUUUGCUGGCCGGACGGCGGAGGGGGCGCGCGUCCUGCCGCUUGGGUAUGGCGUGAAUGUUAAUAUUCCGGAGUUGAAUUCGUCUGCGAUGCCGGAGGUGGUUGCGAGCCGGCUCACGGGCAAUGCGGUUGUCGACAUCGCGGCGUACAAUGAGACGACGGGGCUGUUCCACUACGAGAGCUUGGAGCCGCCGGCGGCGGGGGUUAAUGUGUGUUAUAAUGGGGACUGUGGGCUGCCGGGGGAGACGGAUGUUGUGGCGAGUGGGAAGGUUAGUGUGAGUGUUUUUACGGUGGAUUAUGAUGCGCCGAGCAUAGGGUAUACGGAUAUGGUGUUUGAGAAGGUUUUCGGGGAGAGGAAUGGUACGGGUGGGGGGUAUGGGAGGAGGGAUGUUGGAGUGAGGAGGGGCGCGGCGAGAGGGAGGAGGUUGAUGACGGGGAGGGAUGCUUUGAGGGAGGAGUAG